AUGACAGCCACCGCAGGCAACACCGUGUUCAGCCUCCUCCUUGUGUCUAAGGUGUGUCUGGGCGUCCUGGGGAACUGUGUCCUCUUCCUGCUGUAUGCCUACAGCUCCGUGUGCAAGCCCCAGCUCCGGAAGCUAAUUGCCAUAGUUUUAAUGCACCUGACCCUGGUCAACACCUUGACCAUCAUUUUUGAGUCCAUGCCCUUCAUCAUCUCCUCAUAUGGAGUCCUGUGUUUCUGGGAUGAUGCAACGUGUAAGGCAGUGCUGUUCCUGUUCAGGGUCAGGUGGGGACUGUCCACCUGCACUACCACCUUCUUGAGUGCCUUCCAGGCCCUAACCAUCAACCCCACCCCUGCCCAAUGGGCUUCGCUGAAAAGGCGAUCCUCUGCCUGCAUCCUCUCCUCGUUGCUAUCCUUCUGGAUCUUGAAUCCCAUCAUGUAUUUCAACAUAAUCAAAACUGUUGGAUCCAAUUGCAAUUACACCAUCAUAAGCCUGGGAUUUUCUCAUCCCUACUGUCAAACGAAGUUUGGAAGAGGCAAGCCAACACCCAUUAUCAGCUCCAUUGUGCUGCGAGAUGCUCUGUUCCUGGUCCUCAUGGUGGCCCCCAGCCUCUAUAUGUUGAUGCUCCUCUACCCUCACCGCUGCAGAGCCCGGCACCUCCACAGUCCCAGCCUUGCCUCCAAGCCUGUGCCUGAGAACACAGCCACCCACACCAUCCUGCUGCUGGUCAGCUGCUUCGUGUUCUUCUAUUGCUCCAACAACAUCAUUAUUGUAUAUUCCUUGGACACGCUGGAGAAAUUGAACAAAUCCAAGGGUGUGCUUGUGAUGUUGUCCUUCAGCUACCCCACUCUCUGCCCAUUCUUGCUCAUGAAGAAUAACAGAAUGGUUUCACGAUGGAUCACUCACUCAGGCUAUACCAAGAAUGAUCCAUUGUAA